AUGCCACUUAAGCUAAAUUUGAAGAUGCAGAUGAAUGUUCAAAGUUAACAUAAAUAUUAGAACUUAAUGUAGAGCUCAAAUUUCUAAUGUACAGCUUAGAUUGGAGGAGGAUAUGUUGAAGAAGGAAAUAAUUGUUAUGAUUAAGAUGAUUAAAUAAACUGUGUCUAUAAUAUAAAAAAUAACCAAAUAUGUUUUUAAUUAGAUGGAAAAUGUUUAGAUAAAAUAUGCGAAAAUGCUCCAUAGACUUUAACAAGUGAUAAAUAAUGUCAAGAUUUCCAUUCAUCUUGUACUAAAAAAUAAGAGGAUGGAUGCAUUGAUAGAUUAUUAUGUUCAACUUAUCAAAUAAAGGAAGCUUGUAAAAAAGAUGCUAUUGGUAAUGAUUGUUAUUGGACAGGAAAAUAAUGUGUUGACAAAAUAUGUGAGAAUAAAACAAAUGAAAUAUGUUAAGAAUACUUGGAUACUUGUAUAACAAAUAGAAAAGAUUGUGUAUUGAAUUAAAAUUGUGGAGCAGCCAUAAUAUAAGAAGCAUGCAAUAAAACUAUGUAUGGUACACAACGUCAUUGGAAUGGAAAUGUUUGUAUACCCAAGACAUGUAAAAAUGCAGGUCCAUCAUAUAUCGGACAUGAUUAAUUUACAUAGUAUAUGGACACAUGUACUGAGUCUACAGAUGAAAUUACAGGAUGUACAGAAAGAACUUGUGAUAAUGCUCCAUCGUCAUUUAAUACUUAAAAAUGA